AUGUACUUCGCUUCUCUCUACAGCCUUGCAGCAUUGACUGCUUGCUCGUCUGCUCUGGCUGUCCCCGCCAGCAGUAGCAUUGGACAAACCAGCAUCGGGAAAUUGGCAAAAGACAAUGAUGACUACGACCUUGAACCUUCAGCGAGUUUCGCUUUCGCGGGCAUUACGACCUUUGCAAAACUUCCGUCCGUCCAGUGCCUGACAGAAGACGGACCGGUGGACGACAUCUUGAUCCUGGGGUUCCCCUUUGACACAGCAACGUCGUACAGGACCGGUACCCGCCUGGGCCCAAAUGCCGUGCGUCAGGGGUCUCGGGCAGCUUCCCUCGCGGGCCACUACAACUACCGCCAGUCAAUCAACCCGUACAAGCAGAAUAUCUCGGUGGUGGACUGUGGAGACCUUCCCAUCUCCCCUUUCGACAACGGUCUUGCUUUCGCGCAGAUGGAAGACUGGUACAAACGGCUUCUGUGGAGGGAGGUCAAAUCUACUGAACAUGGAGUCUUGUCAGCCAAGACUGGUCGACAUCACCCACAAAUCGUGGCCCUGGGCGGCGACCACAGUAUCUCCCUGCCCAUCCUGCGGGCCUUGCACACCGUAUACGGCAAAGUGUCAGCGAUCCACAUCGACGCGCAUAUCGACACGUGGUCGCCCAAGGUGUUCGCGGGCGCCAAAGCCGGCAGCAAACAGGCGCAGUUCGCCGACGGGACCCCCUACUACUGGGCCGGCAUGGAGGGGCUGCUGAGCAGCAAGAAUGUGCACGCGGGGAUCCGGAGCUCGCUGGACUCGGAGAAGGACAUGGAACUCGAUGAGGAGGUCGGCUUCGUCACCAUCCCCGCCGCCGACAUGCUGAAGCGCGACGGCGUCUGGGGCGUCAUCGACCAGAUCCGCGCCGUCGUCGACCACGACGAGCCUGUCUAUGUGUCCCUCGACGUCGACUGCCUCGACCCAGCAUUUGUCCCGGGCACCGCGGGCCCGGCGUCCGGCGGGUGGACGCCCAGGGAAGUCAUCCAGAUCAUCAUUGACGCGCUGGACGGGCUGAACAUCGUCGGCGUCGAUGUCGUCGAGAUCCUGCCGUCGUUGGAUCAGGCGGAGAUUACGGGCAUUGUGGCAGCCGAGUUUACAAUCGAGCUCAUCACGAGGCUGGUUAGAAAUAGACUCGGCCAGUGA